UGGGAGCCCGCAGCACUUCGGAGUCCGGACCCAUAGUUUCACUGGCUUUUACCGCCUGGAAUGACCAAAACACUCCUCUAAACUCAACGAAGUGGCGCUGUUUUCUAGCACGUUGAGGUUGGGGUUCCGGAUACAGUGCGCGGACAGAGUUGAAGAACUUGACGAAGGUGAGGACGUGACUCCAUCGAGAGCGGAACCAUUUGGGAUAAAGGGACCUUCAGACGCUGCCGACCAGGCUCGACCGAACCACCGUCUCGGAUCCGAGGAGUCACCAUACCUGAGAAGCAGUACCUUAAAAUUGAAAUUCCAUGGACAAAACAGGAGUUUUAGUUGGUUUUGCGCCACUUUAGUGAGUUUUUUUUCGUUUGGACGCACGCUGUUUUCUCCUGUUAGCAAAGUUUAGCGGAAAUAUGCUGAGAGAUCUUUGAGAGCUCGUGUGGGAAACGCGUGAACCACAGCCAGGACUGGAUAUCUGUUUCUUUCUGGGAGAUUUUUCUGUUCCAAUUUUGACUUCGGGAGCCGUGCAGAACUGACCAACACUGGCUGUCUCGCAGCCCCCCGCCGCCAAGCUCUGCUCCGUCAAUGACUGGCAGCUGAUGCCCCAAAGGUCUGAAUGGAGUUCCGGUCGGAGGAAAGCCAACGGUUAUAGGAUGCUGAAGAGGCCGAGUUUAGUUCUUCUUCUGGCUUUAUUUACUCAAGUUUUGCGGACGGAGUGCCGACCUGCCCACCCUGAUGAAGGCUUUGUGGAAACACAAGUGCAACUGUUAACUCUCUAUCUUGGCGACCGCCUGGAUCUGAGCUGCUCUGCCAAAGAGCCCUCUCAUGCUGUCAAUUGGACGAAAGACCAUGUGCCGGUUAUGGACGGAGAACACACACACAUCCGGAAUGACCAGCUGGAAAUCGAGUCCCUGGAGCUGACUGACUAUGGCCUGUAUGCGUGCACCACAGUUGGCAACCACAGCCUCUACUUCAACGUGACAGUGGACACUUUGGCUUCGUCUGAAGACGACGAAGAAGAUGAAGAGUCCUCAUCUGAGGAAGCCAAACUGCUGGGAAGUCAAAAGCAGCUGCCAAUGGCGCCACAGUGGGCUCAUCCAGAGAAGAUGGAGAAAAAGCUACACGCCGUGCCUGCUAGCAAGACUGUUAAGUUUCGCUGCCAGGCCAAUGGCAACCCAACUCCCACGCUGAAAUGGUACAAAAAUGGCAAGGAGUUCAAAAGGGACCAUCGCAUCGGCGGCUUCAAGGUCAGAGACCAUGUGUGGACCAUCAUCAUGGAGUCAGUAGUGCCCUCUGAUAAGGGAAACUACACCUGUGUGGUGGAAAACCAGUCGGGCAGCAUCAAUCACACCUACCAGCUCGAUGUCGUGGAGCGUUCUCCUCACAGGCCCAUCCUGCAGGCAGGCCUUCCUGCUAAUCGAACAGCAGUGGUGGGCAGCGAUGUUGAGUUUGAGUGCAAGGUCUUCAGUGACCCCCAGCCUCACAUCCAGUGGCUGAAGCACAUAGAGGUCAACGGGAGCAGUUAUGGUCCGGAUGGUUUGCCGUAUGUCCGCGUGCUCAAGCACUCAGGGGUCAAUAGCUCGGACGCUCAGGUGCUGACCCUCUACAAUGUGACUGAGGAGGAGAGCGGAGAGUAUAUUUGUAAAGUGUCCAAUUAUAUAGGGGAGGCCAAUCAGUCGGCCUGGCUGACGGUCACCAAAUAUGAGCCCACAGCAGUCCCUCAGUAUCCGUCAGCCAGCCACACCUACCUGGAGGUGGUCAUCUACUGUGUAGGCUUCUUUUUCAUCGCAGUCAUGAUCGCCAUCGCGAUCAUUUUCAAGAUCCGCUCCUCGUCCAAGAAGGGCGACUUCAACAGCCAGCUGGCCGUGCACAAGCUGGCCAAGAGCAUCCCGCUGCGCAGACAGGUAACAGUGUCUGUGGACUCCAGCGCCUCCAACCACUCUGGAGUGAUGCUGGUUCGACCCUCACGUCUCUCCUCCAGCGGCACCCCCAUGCUGUCGGGCGUGUCCGAGUAUGAGCUUCCUCAGGAUCCGCGCUGGGAGCUCCCCAGAGACAGACUGGUGCUUGGGAAGCCGCUGGGCGAGGGCUGCUUCGGUCAGGUGGUGAUGGGAGAAGCUCUGGGUCUGGACAAGGAGAAGCCGAACCGUGUGACCAAGGUCGCAGUCAAGAUGUUGAAAUCUGAUGCCACUGAGAAAGACCUGUCGGACCUGAUCUCGGAGAUGGAGAUGAUGAAGAUCAUCGGAAAACACAAGAACAUCAUCAACCUGCUGGGAGCCUGCACGCAAGAUGGUCCGCUGUACGUUAUCGUGGAGUUUGCUUCCAAGGGCAACUUGAGGGAGUAUCUGCGCGCGCGGCGCCCCCCAGGCAUGGAGUACUGCUACAACCCUGAUCAGGUGCCAGUGGAGAACAUGUCAAUCAAAGACCUGGUCUCCUGCGCCUAUCAAGUCGCCCGAGGAAUGGAGUACCUGGCUUCCAAGAAGGUAGGUUUGGUUCCGACGCCUGGGUCCGCUCCGGGCUCACUGGCUUUCCCUCUGCAGUGCAUUCACAGAGACCUGGCUGCUCGGAAUGUGUUGGUCACAGAGGACAAUGUGAUGAAAAUCGCGGACUUCGGCCUGGCCAGAGACAUUCACCACAUCGAUUACUACAAGAAGACCACCAAUGGCCGACUGCCGGUCAAGUGGAUGGCGCCCGAGGCUUUGUUCGACCGGAUAUACACGCACCAGAGUGACGUCUGGUCAUUUGGGGUCCUGCUUUGGGAGAUCUUCACCCUUGGGGGCUCACCGUACCCCGGUGUCCCCGUGGAGGAGCUGUUCAAGCUGCUGAAGGAAGGCCAUCGGAUGGACAAGCCCUCCACGUGCACCCACGAGCUACACAUGAUGAUGAGGGACUGCUGGCAUGCCGUUCCCUCUCAGAGACCCACAUUCAAACAGCUGGUGGAGGACCUGGACCGUUGCCUGGCCAUGACGUCCAACCAGGAAUAUCUGGAGCUGUCCAUGCCUCUGGAUCAAUACUCGCCCAACUACCCCGACACUCGGAGCUCCACCUGCUCCUCCGGCGAGGACUCGGUCUUCUCCCACGACGCGGGAGCAGAGGAGCCCUGCCUGCCCAAGCUGCCCCCUCACUCCAACGGCAUCAAGAAACGCUGACACCUGGUCUCACUCCAGACUUUCCACUUUCCCUCUGCUCUCUCUUGGAGUCAGACUCUUCCCGAGCCGAGACUUGCCUCUGGAGUGGAGACGCUUGCUAGAACGUGGUGAAUGGACUGAACGCUGCAGCCAUUUCCCGGUUCUCGGCGGCCAUGUUGGACCUUCGCUCCUCCCUGGGACUGAAGCGUCGGACCUUUUUGUUUGCUUCAGCAAUGAAGGACCUCAUUCUGCCUUACUGACCAAGAGAACACGCGACCAAGAGACUCCGCCGUCUGCUUUUGUAAAUACAGUUAGAGAAUUAUAAAUAUAUAUUUACGCUGUACUCUUAUUUUUAUUACCAUCGUUGAUUCAUUUUCUUUUGUACCAGGAGGCUUGUUUGAUUUUGAAAAUAGUCUGUAGGGGGCGGAUGUUACCAGAGAAUAUUUUAUCAGUUGCUCCAGAUCAUGAGGCCAGUUUUUCCAGUGAUGAUUCCCCUCCAUUAAUCACAGGAAAUAUAUUCUUUUCUUUUUUUAAAGUGCUUUUUAUGAUUCAUGCUGCAGUGUUUGGGGCAUCUCUUUAGCUGUUUACUGAUGAGUUUGGGUUUGUACAUGGAGCGGCGACUGAACAGCAGAGUGUCAGAAGCAGACGGGCCCUGGAGUCGCUGGCUUCAGUCGACGUCCAGGAGCGCCACGCCACGCUCCGCUGUAAAUGUCCUCACCGCAGCUCCACCCGCUGGCGACAGCUUGCUCAGAAUCAUCGUAAAAAUCAUGACAUUAAAUAAAAUGCUAUUGAAAAGUUAACC